UACGCUUUUAUGGCCUGCUCUCCGGGACUCGUUGAAAUUGCCUUAUCCUUGCUUGCUGCGAGUACCUUUGACGUGUUGCAACGACGACUAAUGAGCCGUUUUAGGAUUACUUCACUACCGCCGUCAAUGUGGGCAAGCCGAAGAAGGUCUUGAUGCAGUAUGGACCGACGGGUCGAAGCCUGGGAAGCGCCAUGGUCAUCUUCCACAAGCCUGACCAUGCCGCCAAAGCGGUCAAGGCUCUCGACGGCAUCCGCAUCGACAAUCGACUCAUCAAGGUGGAGGUCCUUGUGAGCGCCAAGGACGCCCCAGCACCAGCCGCUGCGCCAUCUCUUGCUGAUCGUGUUUCGCAAGCCAAGAAGGACAAGCCCAAGCCUGCCACUGCGACGAAGGCUGCUCCAGCGGGCACUCGCGGACGCGGGAACCGACGAGGUCGAGGUGGUCGCGGAGGCGCGCGCCGCGAGAAGAAGAAGACUGUGGAAGAGCUCGAUGCCGAGAUGGAGGACUACUUCCCUGCCAACGAGGGCAGCAAUGUGGCCGGAGCGACCAACGGGAAUGCGGGACAGGCUGCUGGCGGCGACACGGCAAUGGACGACGAGAUGCUGUAGACGGAUACGACGACUGUGUGCCCGAGCAGGGCGGCGGGAAAGUU